CUACAAAGGGAAUAACCUUUGAAUCAGAUAGUAGGUAUUUAAUUCGAAAUGGAAUAUUUAAACUAUGUGCAUGAUUUAUCAUAAUAUUUCUUUCGUCAAUAUACUUUGAACAAAAUAGUAAAAAAUGGACUACCGCAUACCGGUACAGUUUCUUGUACGGAGCAAGUAUCGCAUUCACCAUCUGGGUGACAGCCUAUUUUAAAAAGAUGGUGAGAGAGCCUGCAAUGUCCAGUCUGGAGUCUAAAUAAAAUGGAUUGAUGAUAUCGCAUUGCCAUAAGAGAAAAGUCCUUGCUUCUGGAAAAAAUUGACUGGCUAACUAAUCACAUGCCCGACGUGGACUGAUAACCAGACGAGAGGCCGUCGUUCGCCAUAUGACAGUAUGAUUAAGCCGCCUUGUCACUUUCCUCUCCCCGGGAUAAAUAAGUAAAUGCCAUCCAUCCUACUCUUAUGUUAUGUUCAGCAUAAACCUCAUCCGAACUUUGGCCAACUUUCCUGAAUUCCCAUUCUCUGAUGCACUGCGUUGUUUUGUCUCUUGUCAGUUUUUGUUUAACACUAGGCCUAUUAUUGCAUGAUAUUCGAGUUCCGGUUCAAAAUACUGAUAUAAAUUCGCAUUUAUUUCACCUGGAUCCCAGAUGACUGGAUGGUGCUGAUCUAAACAGUCUACUGUCUGACUGUAGUUUAUGUCAGCCAUUUUAUUAGGUAUUGGUACUGUACUGUUCACUAACAGACAAAGCAGACAGUCAAAUAUGCACAAACAGAUAAACCAAUUGGCAAUUAAAAUCUGAAUACCAGUACCGUAACUGUCAUAUUUGUUAUGCAAAACUUUACCUCACCAUCAAAAGAAUUUCAAAAUUUGUACGAUAGUCACCUCUUUGUGCUUUGAAUUUUAUACAGAUGCCUUUAUUAAAAUCUGAAUAUGGUCAGACAGUAACUUAGGCUGUAUCUGAUAUAUGGCUAUAUCUGUAACACAUGGUUAAUCUAUGGUCUGAUUUAUUACAUAGAUCUAGGUUUGAUUGUAUUUAACAUAGACUGUUAGACAUAUAUCUGUAUACAGGUAUAUACAGACAUAAUUCAUAGUGUACAAAAUUAGGUUCUACAGGAAACAAUUCAAACUAAAUCUAGAUUUUUUGGGAUUCGGGAAUACACAACUACAGAAUCAUGAGUAUUGUUUGUGCAGAAAACAAUGUCAGGGAAGAUAUUCAAGACAUAGAAAUAUCUAUUAAAAAGAUCAUUUCCCCUACAAAGUUUUGGGCCCAAAUUAUGAAAGAUCAUGACAUUGAUGCAUUUCAAAGCUUAAGUGAGGAUAUUCAACAAUACUUUAGUGAUGCAACUUUCAGUAAGUCGAGACUUUCAAAUCCAGUGGAAGGAAAGAGGUGUGUUGUGAAAAAGGAUGAUCGUACAUGGCACCGUGCUUUCAUUGAUAAAGUGUUUGUAUCAGCACGCGGAUUGAUUAUGUAUUGCAAUUUAGUGGAUGAAGUUGAUUACAGCAGCAUUCCUUCUCAAUGCGUUUAUGAAGCACCUGCAUGGGUGUGGAAUCACCCAAUACGGUCUGCUUGUUUUGGACUGUAUGGAAUCGCUCCUCUGAGGCUUCGAACUGAUUAUGCUGAUGAAAGAGUAGAUAUUGUGGAAUCGAGAAAUCUUGAGAGAUGGGAUGAAGCAAGCAAUAAACACUUCCAAAAUAUGUGCAAGGGUUUUCAAUCCUUAGGAGCACAAAUUAUUGAAGUCGAUGAGAAAAAUGUUAUAUGGAUUAAACUCUUCAGUCAAACUGGUGAAAAAGGGGAGUCGUUUUGUGUGAAUGAGGAGCUGAUUAAAUAUAAGUAUGCUGCUGUGAAAUCUGUUAAAAAAUUGAACUCAGCGGGAGAUAGCGAUGAAUCUGAUAAAGAAGGAAAAUAUCUAUCUCUGAAGCAACUUACUGCUCUACGUGAUAAUCUCAGUACACUUUUAAAAGAGAACACAAAACACCCGAAGUGGCUAUCAGAUACUGAUUCCCCAAGCAGCGAUGGAUCUCAAAUUCCUCGUAGUAGUGAUGAUGUGCAUGCAAGUGGAGUCUUAUCAUCACACAAAAUAUUUCAAAAUCUGCAGAGUGGUCAUUUUACUGGGGACCAAAACGUAGAUCCAACUCAAAAUCCAUCAGAAUAUAUUGAUGGUGAUGUGCGAAAGUUUGGUGGAGAAAAUUUACUCAAUGUUAAUUUGAAUGAUUUUAUUGGUGACAAUGUUAUAACAUCCAGCCAUUCCAUGUUGGGGAAUCAUCCUACAAACCUUCUUCCUAGAAGCUCAUUAGGAAUAAAUUCGACAGAAAAGCUUGAUUCAAAAGGUUCUUCUGGCCGAUUGCUUCCUCAUGCUUCUUCUGAUAGUACUAAGAUGAUAAAUUCUAGGACAGAAAGAAAUCGAAUUGCCAUAGUUGAAAAUUCACAAAGUUCAAAAGGUGUUCCUUUGCGUUCUAUUGCAAUGCAAACUGGAUUGGAUAGUUCAUCUGAUUCUGAAGAAGAAAAAUUUGGCCUAAAAAGUUUUGGAACACAAGUAAACUUUGACGAUGAUGGGAUAACUUCUGAUAAACCUCAGCUCAAAACUAUGGAAGUGUUUAAUUUUAAAGAACAAUCCGGAUCACAAAUAUCAAAUGUACAAACUUCUAUUUCCAAUUCUGAUUCAUUGCUUGAGGAUUAUACUAUGAAAAGUUGUCGCAAGGAGAUGAUAGACCAGAAUUUCAAGGAUCAAAAAGAUAUAAUCAACAUCCAAAUUCAAUCUCAAGGUGGAAACGGCUCUUUAAAGUCGUACACAUCUAAAGUACUGCCUAGAGUAAAUGAUUUUUAUGUCAAUGCUCCAUUGGUAAACAUCAAAACCGGCGAUAACUGUUCAGAUGGCAAACUUCAGGAAGAUAAUAUAGAACAUGAUCAUUCUGAAAAUGAUGAAUAUACCAAAGAAGUCAAAGAACCUGCCAGUUCUCUUCUUCAAACUGUAUUUAUUCCUGACAACUUGCAUUCGGGAAGCGUUAUUCUCAUUCGUGGUGUUAAUCCACCUGACCCGAUUUCACUGUUUUGCAAAUCACCAUUUCCAUCUGAUAUUCUACACUUGAUGGAGUCAACCUUCAGAUAUAAGGGGCCAAGACUUAUUCAAGCACAUGCAUGGCCUGCAAUUAUCUCUCACCGUGAUGUACUAGCGAUUGCUCCUACUUCUGGUGGGAAAACAAUAGCAUAUCUUGUUCCUAUUGUUCACAUGAUAUUGAGGAAUAAGGAACAUGAUAUUGGAUCAAAACAACCUAUAGCAGUGAUUGUCACUGCUGACUGGAGUGAUGUACAGAAUCUGCAUGAAAUGUUUGAAACCUUCUUUUUUGAUGAAGCGAAAGAAAUUGGUGUUGUUGCCGUAUAUGGCGGAACCCAUGCUGAAAAGUUAAAAGCAUCGGAAAUAGCUUCAGGAUGUAGUGUAUUGAUUUGUACACCUCCUGCAUUGCUCCGCAUGUUCGAGGCAAAAUACAUGAACUUUUCAAGACUUCAAUUUCUUGUACUGGAUGAUAUCAAUGUACUUGCUGAGGAAUUCACAGAAGAAUUGAAAGAAGUGAUGAAGCAUCGAGUUAACACCCUUACGAUGGCGGCUGCUCAUUUGAAACCUCACAAACCAUCUCAGUUGAUUUGCAUGGGAUCACAGUGGACAGAAGGUGUACAUUCAUUCAGUAAAAGAUUUAUGAAACAUCAACCUCUCCUUCUGAUAAGUCAUCCUUUGGAAGCUGCAGUUUAUGGAAAUGUUCAGCAUCGAGUGAUAACAUGUCAUGAAGGACAGCGUACUGAUCAUGUAUCAAAUAUUCUGCAACAUUGGGAAGAAAACAAACAUGGAGGAAUCUCAAUAUUUGUUGAAAAACCAGAAGAUGUAGAAAGAAUACAAUCAAUUGUUCAAUCAUUAGGAUAUUAUUGUUUGCAAGCACACAGCAAUAUGUGUCAGUGGGAGAUUGAUGAAGUACGAAGACAAUUCGAGGAUGAAUCUUGUUCUCCUGUUCUUGUUGCUACUGAUGACAUCAUUACUGAGCUUGAUAUCUAUUCAAUGCAGAUGGUAAUCCAUUUCUCAUUUCCGAUGAGUCAGCACAAGCUGGGGUUGCGGUUAUCAACAAUGCAGACAUAUUUUCGAUCUAAAGAAAACUUGGAUGAUUGUGUUUUACCAUCAUCCUAUUUUCUAAUGUCAAUGAAUGAUUGUCAUCAUGCAUCGGAUUUAAUGAGAUUUUUAGAAAGAGUUGGUCAAAGUUUCCCAAAGGAAUUGUCAUCAUUAGUUGAUUUUGCAAGCAAGGCUCAAAAUAAUGUGAAAACUACAAUUUCACUUUGUCCCGUCAUGAAAUCGUUUGGACUUUGCAGAGAUGAGAGUAUUUGUUCUUUCAGACAUAAGAUAACUGCAAUAGAUGGGCCAAACUUAAAUCCGAAAUUUUUAAAGAUUCCAACAUCUGGACAUGUUUGUGUGCAGAUAACUCAUAUUGUUGAUGCUACUCAUUAUUAUGCGAGACCCCUAGCUAUUAAAAAUGAAUCGAACAAUCAGAUUUUGACAUUCAAAGCUGGUUAUGCAAAAUUGACUAUGGACAUGGCAAUGUAUUUCAGCCAAGAAAAUCAUCUCAAACGUUUAUCGGAGGAUCCUGUCCCUGACACUGUUUAUGCCAUUGCAAAAUCAUAUGACAGAGUUUGUGUUCUGAGACUAGCAAAACCUGAUGAGAUGAACAAAAAAGAUGUUAAGGAAUGGUCUACUGUUAAAAAUAAGGCUGACAAGAAAUCAUUGGUAUGUUGGACAACACCGGGAGGAGCAAGAAAAACUUGUGUUAGAUUGGUUGAUACUGGUUCAGUCAGAAUCAUAAGAUGUGAUGAACUACUCAAACUUCCAAAGAAUUUUACGUCAAUUCCUUUUCAGGCAAUUGAAGUUAUUGUUUGUGGUGCUCGACCUGUCGACAAGGAUACAAAAUGGUUAGCUCAAGCCAAUGAAUUCAUUCAUAAUCAUAUUUACAACAAGGAAUUGGAAGGCAAUAUUGUGGCUGCAUUGGGUCAUACAAUAUGGCUUCAUCCUGCUGUUAUUCGUUCGAAACUUCCUCUCACAAAAUGUACAGUCACUGAUUUCAAUGUCACUCAGGAACUCAUCAAAAUGAAGUCUGCUGACAAGAAUUUCCAACAACUUGAGAUUAUUAAAAAAGCUUACCCUGAAAUAUCGGAUGGAGCGAAUGUUAUCCCACAAAUAGAAAGAAACACCACAUCACGGAAAAAAUUGUUGAACCAACAGCCUAGUGAAAAAUGUAGAAAUCGGAUUUUUAUGUCUUCGGUGGCAUUGGAAAAAUCUGUAAAAGCCAGAUCAGCUCAUGAUGAUGUGACCGCUGUCAUGAGUGAUACAGAAACCAAGGUUUCACUUCAGUCAAUCAAGAAAAGAUCCGAAUCAUUGUCAAGUUCUAGUUCAACUUUGAGUAGCCCAUCUUCAAAUGAUAAAGAGAAUGCAGAUUCUUCUACGGUCACAGGAAACAAUUUUAGUCAAUCUAAAAACUCAGUUCCUGUUGGAGGUGAUGUUCCAACAAAGCCAUAUUUUUCAGAAACUUCUAUUUCUGAACUGAGACCACAGACAUAUUCAAGUGAUGUUGCACAAAAAAAGGAUGAAAAACAGGAUCAAGGAAUACUGACAGAGAAAGGUCAUAUCACUGAUGACACCGGUUCAUUGCAUCUUCUUGGUUCUCUGUGUGAUCAUUUUUGUAAUGCAGAAAGUAUUGGUAUCAACAGGACAAAAAUAUUACAUGAAAUUCACAUGAGAGCUGUUGGAGCUUUUUAUGAUCUUACUGAGAAAGAUAUGACAGGACUUGCCAAAGUUCUGCACAAUACUAAGAAUAUCCAAGAAAGUCGAAUCGUCAUUGGAGCAUUGUUGUCUCUCAGUAUUGACCAAGUUCCAGUUGCAAGUUUUGUUAAGUUGUCUCAUCUUGUUAAACUUGGUUGUUCACUAUCUUACAAAGUGUUGCAAUUGGAUGAGAAAAGGCUGCACUUGGCUGAAGAUAUUUUUCGUCUUUGUCAGGCUAUUAUUGAGAGUAUACAACAUAAUACUAGGGUGGUGAAGAAUUGUCUGGCAUUAUCGGAUGUGAAUGGAAUGAUAUACUGUAUUGAAAAGUAUUUGCGAAGUAACAUGCAACAAGAUGUAAAACUACUAGAUGAAGCAGGCACCACUCUACACAUGCUAGUGAUAUACAAAAAAGAGUUGAUGUCCAAAACAGAAACAAAGGAAACAAAUAAUAAUGUUGUUGAGAAAAUGGAGAUCUUGAAUAAGAUACAGCUACUGAAGCAUCAACUACCGAAACAGAUACAGAAUCCAAUAACUUCUAUUGUAUGUAAAUGUCAAUUAUCAGAAGUGCUGAUGGACAAAUUGAAAUUGCUAGAAGAAUACUACAAAAGAAUGUUCUGCAGGAAAUACAACUGCUAUAUGCUAGAUGGGACUUUUCUUGUCAUUGUUGUAAACUUUUUGUCAGAGGAAGUCUGAUUUUGGUCAGACGAAACGUUACAGAAAUACAUUUGUGUUAGUGUGCAGCGGGACUCUUGAGAUAGUGUAACUAGAUGCUACUAUGUAUUUUAUUCUUUUCUUGCAUACAAUGGAUGUUUCCUUUUUUAUUUCCGUAACAAUGGCCAAUCAGCAAAAGCCAUUAAUGGCGUAACAAUUGAUUUAAUUUACAGUUUCAUUCCGCAAUAUUCUUCGAAUUUUGUUUACGUUUCUUUACUCACAAUAUGUUAUUUUGAUUUGUAAAUAUAAUUAUGUCGCAAUGAGCCACAUUACUCGUAUUUCUCCGAUAUCUUCUUUCUGUUUUUGAACAUAAAGAUUUCUUUACUUUGAAUUGUUUUGCUGAAUCAAUAUUUUUCUUGUUGGGGAUCAUAAAUAUAAUUUUUCUCCACUGCUAAUGGACCAAUCGCUUUCAAAUUUUCAGUAUUUCAGAAAGAAAAAUGUCUCAACAAGGCUAUUCUAGUUUUUUGUUAUUGACUAUAUUUUGGCUAUAACACAACUCCAUGUGA